AAUCCAUGGUCCAAGCUAAUGACCGAAUCUUGGGUAGAAAUUCCAACCCCAGCCUAUCAUUGUUGACUGUCCCAAUUAACAAAUUCUAGCUACAACUUGACUACAGGAAAAGUAUGCAUCACAAGACGAUACUCCUAUAUUGCAGCUGGGGACUUGUGGUGGAACUGGAAUAAGAGAGAAGUUGCUCUGUCUCAUAUCCAUCUGCCAUUUCUGACCAACAUGAUUAAGCUUGCAGUCCUCAUCCGAGGAACUGCACUGCUCCUUUGCCUAUUGAUCUUCCAACCAGCAUCCGCUUCCCAUGGUCAAGCGACUGCAUCAGGAGCCUGCAUCAGCGGCGAGCGAGAUGCGCUUCUGUCCGUCAAGGCAAGCGUCCUGGAUCCUGAUGGUCGUCUGUCAUCAUGGCAGGGCGACGACUGUUGUCGAUGGAGGGGAGUCCGUUGUAGCAACAGAACUGGCCAUAUCAUCAAGCUCAAGCUCCGCAAGUCCGGCAAGCACGCCAUGUACGACAUAGCCUACAGGUCAGUAGGAUUCGGUGGGGGAAUACCUUCCCAACUUGGCAAUCUCUCAAAGUUGCAAUAUCUAGAUGUCAGUGGGAAUUCUUUUCAUUCGGAUAGUUACUCAGUGAAUUUUGCAUGGUUGCCACGUCUCUCUUCUUUGGUCCAUCUCGACAUGAGCUUUGUUGAUCUUAGUUCUGCCGAGGAUUGGCUUCAGACGGUGAACAUGCUUCCUUCUCUUAAAGUGCUUCGCUUGAGCUUCUGUGAACUCAAUCUUCCCGUAUCUGCUAGCAUGUCACUGUCCAACCUCACACAUGUCGAGAUACUUGAUUUGUCUUAUAACAAAUUCUAUACUAAUUCACUCAAGCGCGCAUGGUUUUGGAAUCUCAUAAGCCUCAAGGAGCUUUACCUCCAAGAUUCCGGCUUGGAAGGGGCCAUUCCUAGUAACUUGGCAAACAUGACGUCCCUUCAAGUCAUAGACUUCAGCGGGAACAACCUUGUGGGUCUGAUACCAAACAAAUUAGAUAAUCUGUGCAAUUUGACAAUAAUGAGGUUUAGCGGUAUCAACACUGGUUCGAGCAUAGGGGAGUUCAUGGAGCGAUUGCCAAAGUGUGCAUGGCAUACAUUGCAAGAAUUGUCAGUGCAGGGUGCAAAUAUGACCGGGAAUCUACCCAUUUGGAUUGGGAACUUGACAGGUCUCGCCGUUCUUCAAGCAUCUCAAAACAUGUUAACUGGCCCUCUACCUGUAGGAGUUGGAGCACUCCGUAAUUUAAAAAUGUUGGACCUCAGUUAUAAUAAAUUUAGCAGUGUGCUCACAGAGGAGCAUUUUGCGGGCCUACUGAAUUUAGAGUAUCUGGACUUGUCAUACAACUCUUUGAGAUUAGCUAUCAAACACAAAUGGGUUCCUCCAUUUAGAUUGAAGGUUGCAGGUUUCGGUUCAUGCCAACUGGGCCCCAGUUUUCCAGAGUGGCUUAGAUGGCAAUCUGACAUUGAUGUUCUUGUUCUCAGUAAUGCAAAUCUAGAUGAUGUUAUUCCUGAUUGGUUUUGGGUGACAUUUUCCCGAGCUUCAUUCUUGCAAGCAUCAGGAAACAAAUUGCAUGGCUCAUUACCGGGAGAUCUACAACACAUAUCAGCUGACCACAUAUAUCUUGGGUCCAAUAAGUUUACGGGCCAAGUACCACAUUUACCUAUAAAUAUAUCAAGACUAAACCUAUCUUCAAACUCUUUCACUGGGUCAUUGCCAUCAGAGCUGAAUGCCCCACUACUCGGAGAGUUGUUGCUUGCAAAUAAUCAACUUACAGGCACCAUCCCGUCAUCUAUAUGCCAAUUGACUAAACUGAAUAGGUUGGACCUAUCAGGAAACCAUUUAACAGGAGAUAUUAUGCAGUGUUGGAAGGAAUCUGAUGCAAACUCUACGAAUCAAUUUGGUUUUGACAUGCUAAGCUUAGCCCUGAAUAACAACGGUCUCACUGGUGAAUUCCCUAAAUUUCUUCAAAGGUCGUCAAGGUUAAUGUUCCUUGAUCUUUCUUACAAUUGGUUAUUUGGAGGAUUGCCUGAAUGGUUGCCAGAAAAAAUGCCACAUCUGAAAAUAUUAAGAGUGCGAUCAAAUAUGUUCAGCGGCCAUAUUCCUAAGAAUCUCACUUCCCUGGACAGUCUUCAUUAUUUGGACAUAGCACACAACAAGAUAACAGGAAGCAUACCAUGGUCUUUGUCAAACCUGAAGGCAAUGAUGACAGUGGUGUCGCAGGACACGGAGUAUUACAAUUUUGAAGAGAGCAUCCCAGUAUACACAAAGGACCAAAAGCGUAACUAUACCUUUGUAAUCUACAAAUUGCUAGUGAUUCUUGAUUUGUCAAGUAAUAUUUUGACAGGACAUGUUCCGGAGGAGACAACUCUACUCAUUGGGCUUAACAAUCUGAACUUGUCAAAUAAUCAACUCACAGGAGCAAUCCCAGACCAAAUUGGUGAUUUAAGGCAGUUGGACUCACUCGACCUAUCCUUCAAUGAGUUUUCUGGUGCAAUACCAUCAAGUUUGUCAGCUUUAACUUAUUUGAGCCACUUGAACUUGUCAUACAACAAUCUGUCCGGUGCAAUACCACCCGGACAACAGCUACAAACUCUUGGCAACCAGAUGUACAUCUACAUCGGUAACCCUGGUCUUUGUGGAGAUCCGGUUGGCAGGAACUGCUCAACACAUCAUGCAGAGCAAAGUGGCCUUGAAGAUCUAGAGCAUAUGCCAUCUGUCUAUCUUGCCAUGAGCAUUGGAUUUGUGGUGGGUCUGUGGACAGUUUUCUGCACCAUGUUGAUGAAGAGAACAUGGAGGGCUGCCUUCUUCCAGUUUGUUGAUAUGAUGUAUGACAUGGUUUAUGUGCAAGUGGCUAUAAGGUGGGCUCACAUGAUGGAGAAAACUCAAGACGGUGCACCAUGAAGCGCCCAACUCUACGGCAAGCGAAUUGUUUGUAUCUAAAUAGUAUUUGUAUGUUUGCACCAUUUCCCUAUUUGUAGCUCUAAAUGAGCCUUGGCUGGUUGUUGGUACUGUAUUGUACUAUUAUUUGUUUGUUUGCACCGUAUCUCUAUUUGUAGUUCUAAAUGAGCCUUGGCUCAACGUUUGUACUUUAUCGUAUUGGUAUUUGAGUAUGUCUGUACUUUAA